AUGUGGGUUGCCGAGCCAAAGACGCGGGAGAAGAGGAGUAUCUUCAAGUAUCAGCUUCUAGUAUCGUUGAGCACACAAGAAGAAGCAAUCAUCAAGGAGCUAAAAUCAAUGGUAGAUUUUGCGCUUUGGACUUCACUUCAGGACGAAAGAGUGACUGCAGCACCAUUGGAAGCUGCGGCAAAACUUUUAGAUGAUUCCGUCACGGAUGAUUCGGACAGGAUGUCUGAAAAAUCGAACGAAGAGAUAUCUCGAUAUCAAAAUGAUCGCAAACAGUGGGCAGAAGCCAUUCUUUCCGUAGUCACCCCUCUGUUGGACAAAGUUGCUCUUCCAGCAUGCCUGGCGAAGGUUCUCGCAAAAUUGGCUGAGCAACAUCCGCAAUCGCCUUUAGUCUUCUCUAUCAGUCCAGCUAUCACGAGAUGCCUGAAGCAUACCGUAGAUUUUGGAAAAUCUCCAGAUAUGAGAAGGCUGCUUCAGGUAUUUUUAGCUGCUCUGCAUGCGAGCACGGAGGGUGAACAAAUAAUUAGGGAUUAUGUUGCUGCUGUUCACGGACCUGGAAGUGAUUGUCCUCACCCGAGGGUACUUCCUAAUUUAGUGUCCGUUUGUGUUGCUGCAAUUUUUCAUAGAUUCGAAGUAGCCAAACGUUCCUUAUUAGAAAAAGACAAAUCACCGACUUUACCUCCGUUGGAUUGCUAUUUGUUGGUGUUGAAUGUCGCGUCAGAAUAUAGCGACUGGAGGCCAGGUUUCGGUGCACUAUUACAACCGGUACCGUUUCCGGAGGAAGCUUUAGCUAUAAAAGAGGUCCAACAGUCAAUACUAAUGUGCGUGAUUAAACGUUUAGCCAAAGAUUCAAGAUGCAUAGUACAUCGUGUUCUACUUCCGGUUAGGGAACCGCGACCUGGUUGGAUUCACAUUGCAGCGCCUUCUAGUCCAGCUUGUCCUGAUGAAGGAGAACUCUUUGGUGAAAUGUUGACAACACUGCUGGAUUGUUGCUGUCGGAGAAAAAGGUUUAUAGCUUCGCUGGUGAAGCAGGCAAGAGAUGAUUGCAUACUUCUAGCAGUGAGGAACUGUGAAGCUGCGCAAGAAGCCCUCUGCUUGAUGCUAGAAUGGUAUUUGCUGCCGAAUGAGGAAGCUCGACUGCAAAUAGUAAACGCGUUGGAGUCGACUACAUCGGGCAAGAACCGCUAUAUUGCUCUUUGUCAAAGGCAGAGGAAUUUACAAGAAUUGCAACAAAAAGGAGGUCCCCGGAAACUGACGCUACCUGUCCGAGCAACUGAUGCGGAUGUGGCGCUUCUUUUGGGUGGGAGAGCUCUUGGCAAUCUUGAAUGUCUUAGCUUGGCCUUUACAUCAGUAACUUCUGCUUGUGCUGAACAGUUAAUUAAAUUACCAGCUUUAAGAUAUCUCAAUCUGUGGGCAACGCAGUUCGGCGACGCGGGUUUACAAAUGAUUAGUGAACAUCUCCAAAAGCUGCAAGUGUUGAAUCUCUGUGAAACUCCUGUUUCAGAUAAAGGAAUCUCCACUUUGGCCUCACUGACAAGUUUAAGGAAGCUGAAUCUAAAUAGCACGAAGUUGUCCGUUCAAACGUUCGAAUCUUUGAAGAAGUGCUUGCCAUCUCUACAGGAGUUUGAUGUAAGGUACACGGAGGCAUGGUGACCAGAAUUUUCACCGUACAUCAAGUCGGAUAACUCGAAUAACUUCAGCUUUCAAGAUAAAAGACAACGUUAAAGUUACAUUAGCUAAGAGAAGCAAAAAUUCAAUUGUGAUUAGUUACACGUCAAGUAGAACGUCUGCUGGCACACGUAAGUGUCGUUUCGAUUGGUAACAAAAAUUUUAUGUAGACGUAUUUAUGGGGCCGUAAACGAUUAUUAGGAAUACAGAAUCUAAGUGACUCGGAUUGAAUCAAAUUUCGUUUAAUUUCGCGAAUGUUAGAAUCGUUAGUACGUGGCUAGGACCACAAUAAAAUCCUGAAGUGAAAGAGUCAUACAAGGAAAGCGACGAGAAACUUCAAAGAAGUAUUAUAAACUGCCGAAAAACCGUUGGUGAAAGAAAGAAUUAAAGAUACGUUUGAGGAAACAGAUCGAAUUUAGAACAUUGUAGAAUCUAGAAUCUGGUUGCGUAUCUACAAAUAGUCGAUUUAUGCGAGAACGAUUAAAAAGGUAUAAAAAAAUAAAGGCACUUGCUUUUAAGUCCGUAAGUGUCUUCAUUUUUUGUAAAUCCUAUAUAUUCGACUUAUUUGGAUGCACGUUUUUUUAGGCCAGAUAUUUUACAAUAAAUAAUUUUAAUACUUGAUUUCAUUUGAAUGAUUGUGAUUUAUGACUAUAUUGACCGAAUAUAUAGCGAUACUUAUUAGUUAUUCUUCAUAGCAUUAACGAGAUUUUAUUCCAAAAAUGAUUACGCUUAUUCUAGAAUUCUCUCUCUUCGUGUCAAUUAUUUUUAACAAGACUGUAAUCGUGAUAGAACGUCGAGUUCAUUGAUAAUCGUCAAGAAAUACAAUUCUUUAAGAAAUAAUUAUAAAACGAGAAUAAUUAUUUCUUAUAUUGAAAUAUAUACAGGUUGUUACCUGUAACACUACUCACGAUUUUUCUCCCACUUGCAGCCACCUUAGGAAAAAAAAGUUUAAAACAAUAUUU